UUUCGAGUCGAUUAAAGAAAUUGUUUUUAUAUAACAAAACUACUUUGUUUAAAUAAAAAUGAAUUUUGUUGUAGCUGUUGUUUUCGCUAUUUUUUUAGCAGUUACUUGCGAAGCUUUUUCGGCUUCUCAUCGUCAUCAUAUCAAGAAACACCACCAGCAACUUCGAGAUGGUGACACCACAUCGAGUGAAAUUCCACCUACAAUUACAUAUGCACCAAGUAUCACCGAUACUACAUUCGGGACGCCUUAUAUCGUAUGUUUGUUUGUUUGCCCACCCACCUCAACAUUUUCUACAGAUGUAGCAACUGAAACAACUGCAACACCUGAAACGACUGAAACAUUUAAGAAGCGACACAUAUUUCACAUCAAAAAAUAUUUUAGUGGUCAUAAUAAAAAAUAUCAAUCAGCUUUAAGGAGAAGUUGCAGUUGUGGACCAACAUCUACAUCAACCGAACCAGAAAUAAUAACAAUCACUGAAGAACCUAAAGUACAAACUCUCGCAAUAAUUAAAAAACACCAUAAACUUCGAGCUCACCAUGUUAAACAUCAUUAAAUUUUAAAUAAUUAAUUAUAUUAAAUCCUAAAAAUAAAGAUUUUAUUAAACAGAAA